UUUUUUUUUUUUUGUAAAAUUUGGUUCUAUAACUAAAAUAUUUUGUAUUUUCUUGAAAUUUUUAAUUAAAAAAAAAAUUGAAACCAUGGCUGAAGAUGAAAUUGUAAUAAUACCAAAAACUUUUGAAGAAUUAUUUAAAAUUUAUUCAAAUUAUAAACUCAAUCCACUUGAUAUUGAAAAUGAAGUCUAUGAAGCCAUUUUACUUUCCCAAAUUGAUUUUUGGUUAGCCAAAUCAGAACUUUUGAAGGUAGUUUUUUCAACAACUGACACUGGCAUGGCAUGGAUGAAAUUCAAAAAGUGGCGACUAGAUUAUGAUGAAUUUCAAGACUUUUUAAAAGAUAUUUGUACUGCAAAAAAUUUAGAUAUUGAAGAAAUUAAGAUGCAGAUGACAGAAGCAGGUCCACCAAUGGGUGAAGCAGAACAACCUCUAGGUGUCAAAUAAAAUUAUUGGAAAAAAUAUAAACUGAAGUUCUGUAUU